AAAAAGCUGCAUCCAUCAAUGAUCCUAUCAAAAGUUUCUCUACUUCAGGUUUGGGAUAUACCAUAAAAUCCGCCAACUGAAUAUACAAACAUCGCCAUAAUAGAAGAAAUUUCAAUUCGUGAUCAAGAUUGCCCACCAUGAUGCACCCGUCGCGGCAAGCGUAUGUGGAGGAAGCAGAAGAGGAUCAUGGUAUGACCUUAGAUCAGGUUCCAGAAGAUCGCGACUAUGAAAUUCCCUCAGCCUCCGCCGGCAUUGCGCCUGAAAAAGCGUCGGCCAUACUGUCACAAUUUGAGCGAAAGAGACGAGCUGCGACAAUGGCAGUACCAACAGACGACGGCCGGGUACGCGCCAAACUACGAGAGCUUGGAGAGCCCAUCACUUUAUUCGGCGAAGGUCCGGCGGAUCGACGAGAUAGGUUAAGAGAGCUUUUGACUUUGCAAGCAGAGCAGGCACCAGGAGAAUCGCCCGAUGUAGAUAUGGAGGAUGCUCCAGAGGAGGGUCAGGAAGACCAGGAAGAAGAGUUCUAUACAAUGGGCAGCGAUGAAUUAUUAAAGGCGCGACAAGAUAUUGCUAGGUUCUCUCUACCCCGGGCGAAACGAAGGUUGGCAUUCCAGAAAGAGGAGGCAUCGAUUCCUUUACGGGCACACGUCAAGUUUCGCAAACAGAUCAAAGAGCGCUUACAAGCGUUUGAGCUUCAAGGCUCCCAGACGGCAGGAGAUCGAAAUGUUAGCAUGACGAGGAUAUCCCCUAACGGCGGACUUGUUGCUGCAGGAAACUGGGGAGGUUCUAUUAAGCUGAUCGAAAUACCAACGCUACAAGAGAAGAUGACGUUACGGGGGCAUACAAACAGGGUGAGCGGUAUCUCCUGGUUCCCCGGCUCAACGCUUCCCGAGAAUAAUGUGUCGUCAGACACAGUCAACCUCGCCUCAGGCGGUGCCGAAGGCCAAGUAAAUCUUUGGUCUCUGAAUAAAGAUACGCCACUCUCGACGCUUGAAGGACACGGCCAGAGAGUAUGUCGAGUUGAAUUCCACCCUUCUGGCCGAUAUCUUGCGUCGGCUUCAGAAGACACUACGUGGCGCUUAUGGGAUGUUGAGUCGACUACUGAAUUACUAUUGCAAGAAGGUCAUUCAAGAGGUGUAUUCGCUAUUAGUUUCAACACGGACGGAUCACUACUAGCUAGUGGAGGCCUAGACAGCAUUGGCAGGAUAUGGGAUUUGAGAUCUGGAAGAACAGUCAUGAUCUUAGAUGGUCAUGGGGAUGGACACAUCAAGCCCAUCCAUGGCCUUGACUGGGGCUCAGACGGCUAUCGAGUCCUUAGUGGUUCAGCAGAUGGUUGGAUCAAGUGCUGGGAUGUAAGAAAAGUCCAGAGAACAGGUGGCAUCGGAGCUCAUACUAGUGCGGUCUCGGAUCUCAGGUGGUAUAAGGGGUUAGAUGACCCCCUUACUGGCAUUGCUCCAGGGCUCGACGAAAAGGGGAACCAGCUUCCUAAGAAGUCAAGCACGUUUUUUGCUUCUAGCGGUUUCGACCGCAAGGUCAACGUCUUUUCUGCCGACGACUGGACCCUGAUACAGACUUUAGAAGGGCAUACAGGACCAGUUGCAAGUGUGGAUAUUAGUAGAGAUGGGAGAUGGAUUGUUAGUGGCGGACACGAUAGAACCGUGAAACUGUGGGGCAGGAAUGAUGGUGAGGGAGUCUGAUAGAAGAUACAUGACAACGUAAAAGUCACAAGUGAAGGGAUAGCAACAACUCGGAAGAUACCCAAUAUAUUUAGUUGCUGUG